AUGGCGCCGGAGGAGUGUGCAGAAACUCCACCGAAAGUUGUAUUCAUCAUUGGCCCAACGGGAGUGGGAAAGUCUCGUUUGGGUUUAGACAUUUGUCUGGAGUUGAGGAAAAAUGGAAUAAAUGCUGAAAUUGUUAGCGCAGACUCCAUGCAGGUGUACAAAGGAUGCGACAUUGCCACUGCAAAGGCUUCAGCAGCGGAGAGGGAGGCGGUGCCCCACCAUCUGCUGGAUGUCUGUACACCUCAAGAAGCGUUUACAGCAGCAGAUUAUCUAAAAGCAGCGAAGCAAACAAUUCAAACACUUAGCGAUCAAGGAAAACUACCGGUGGUAGUAGGGGGCACUCAGCUGUAUAUACAGCUGCUACUAUGGAAGUCAGCCGUAGAUAUCUCUGCAGAACAACUCCAUCCUCAUGACCGGCGGCGUAUUAUUCGCAGCAUUGAAGUAACGCAGGAGUUUGGGGUGCCGCACAGCGAAGUGAUGAAGGGGGAAAAUAGCGAAAAAUAUGACGCAUGCAUAUUUUGGUUGGACCUGCGAGACCGAGAGGCCCUGGAGAAGAGGCUGCGGCGGCGACUCGAAGUCAUGUGCGAAGGUGGUUUGCUUGAAGAAGUGCGUUGGGUGGCGGCUCAGCUUCAGCUCCGCAGUUGGCCUGCAGCAGCAGGGGGGGCCCCCGAGGGCCCCGUAGAUAAUCUUUUAUCUGUUUCUUCUCCUCUUUCGAAUGACAGUGGUGAUUCAGAAGAUCCAAAAGAUAAGAUAAAGAAAGAAAGCUUUAGGGGAGGGGUCCUUCAAGGCAUUGGGUAUAAGGAGUUUUUUCCUGUUGUGUUGCCUAAAGAAGAAGGAGUUGUAUCAAAUGGAGUUUCUUCUGGAGGUUUAUCUUGCAAAGAAUUACAAGAAAAAGAAAUCAAAGAUUGUUUAAACAUCGCCUUGCUGCGCUCGCUGCAGUACGCAAGACAACAAAGGAAGUGGAUCCGUAAUAAAUUCCUUAUUCGUCAGAAAAACCUUCCCCUUUAUUUCUUUGAAACAAAUGAAGCGGCAGUCGCCGACUGGGAGAAAAAAAUCUGCAACCCGGCACUCCAAAUCAUAAAGGGCUUUCUGGCGGGUGAGAAGUUUUCGGAAGAUUCGGAGUUUGCGGCGGCGAAGCAGAUGCCAGAGUUGUUAAAGUUGAGGGAGGAGGUUUCAGAUAAUGCAGCAGAGACAAACGAAAGCAGCGGGUGA